UAAUACGGCGGAAAUUGUUCUUCGUCAAGUUCGUGAUAUUUUAACAACAAACGCGAUCUUUCCUCCAUAAUAAACACAGUGUUGCUGCUUCGUUUUUUGGGGUUUUCCGCUGUGGGAGCUCGUAUUUUGAAGGCCGGCUGCCGGAUGUCGUGUCGGUGUCGUAAAUGUUUGUCUGUGGCUGGGCCGUAGUGUAUGCAGAUUCAUAACGCCUGGCUGAAUUUAGGACUACGUUAGCUAGUGCUACAUGUAUGUAAUAGUCAAAACACAGAAGGAACCGUGUAACUGAACACACAUGGAUCCCAAUAGGAUAAUCCAGGCUCUUAAAGGGACCAUUGAUCCGAGUCUGAGGAUAGCCGCGGAGAAUGAACUCAAUCAGUCCUACAAGAUCAUCAACUUCGCCCCGACCCUCCUUCAGAUCAUUGUGUCGGAGCAGGUGGAGUUUCCUGUUCGCCAGGCAGCGGCCAUCUACCUGAAGAACAUGGUGAGUCAAUAUUGGCAGGACAGGGAACCAUCUCUAGGCGAGGUCGUCUUUCCCUUCAACAUCCAUGAGAAUGACCGUCAGCAGAUCAGGGACCACAUUGUGGAGGGAAUCAUCCGCUGUCCAGAGUCCAUACGCGCCCAGUUGACCAUGUGUCUGCGAGCCAUCAUCAAGCAUGACUUCCCCGGCCGCUGGACUGGAAUCGUGGAUAAGCUUAGUGUUUACCUGCAGUCACAGAACAGCGGCAGCUGGUACGGCAGCCUGCUCGCUCUCUACCAGCUGGUCAAGACCUACGAGUACAGGAAGGCAGAUGAGAGGGAGCCUCUGCUGGCAGCCAUGCAGAUCUUUCUGCCGCGGAUUCAGCAGCUCCUCAGCCAACUGCUGGCCGACGCCACCAUCUUCUCUGUCCUCAUCCAGAAACAAAUCCUCAAGAUCUUCCAUGCCCUAGUACAGUAUUCGCUGCCUCUCCAGCUGAUCAACAACACAGUGAUGACUCAAUGGAUGGAAAUACUGCGAGCCAUAAUGGACAGAGAUGUGCCUGCUGAGACUUUGGAAGUGGAUGAGGAUGACCGGCCUGAGCUAGCUUGGUGGAAGUGUAAGAAGUGGGCGCUGCGUAUCAUCACUAGACUGUUUGAGCGGUAUGGAAGCCCUGGUAACGUGACAAAGGAGUACUACGAGUUCGCAGACUUUUUCCUCAAGACAUAUGCAAUUGGUAUUCAGCAGGUCCUGUUGAAGGUGGUGGACCAGCACCGACAGAAGCAGUACGUUACACCUCGUGUCCUGCAGCAGUGUCUCAACUACCUCAACCAGGGCCUGUCGCACUCCCUGACCUGGAAACAGAUGAAGCCACAUAUGCAGACUAUAUGUCAGGAGGUGAUUUUCCCGCUCAUGUGUUACAAAGAUGAGGAUGAGAAGCUGUGGCAGGAGGACCCAUACGAGUACAUCCGCAUGAAGUUCAACCUUUAUGAUGACCACGCCCUACCAGCCACCGCUGCCCAGAGCCUGCUGUGUAAAGCUGCCCGCAAAAGGAAGGAGGUUCUUCCUCAGAUGAUGGAGUUCUGCCACCAGAUACUGAUGGACCCCUCUGCUGACCCCCGCAGGAAGGACGGGGCACUGCACUGCAUUGGAGCUCUGGCUGAACUCUUAUUAAAGAAGCGUCUGUACAGGGAACAGAUGGAGCUUAUGCUGCAAAACUAUGUGUUUCCUUUGCUGAACUCUCCACUGGGUUACCUGCGAGCCAGGUCCUGCUGGGUGCUCCACUGCUUCAGCCCACUGCGUUUCCAUGAUGAGCUGGUGCUGAGAAACGCCGUGGAGUUGGUCAAACAGGAUCUGAUCGACGACAAGGAGAUGCCGGUCAAAGUGGAAGCCGCUAUCGCUCUGCAGACGCUCAUCAGCAACCAAGAACAAGCCAAGGUGUACAUCCAACCUUACAUCCGGCCGAUAAUGCAGGAGCUGCUGCACGUGGUUAAAGAGACGGAGAAUGACGACUUGACCAACGUCAUCCAGAAGAUGAUCUGCGAGUACAACCAGGAAGUGGCUACCAUCGCUGUGGACAUGACACAGAACCUGGCGGAGAUCUUCACUAGAGUCCUUCAGAGCGAGGAAUACGAGGAGAACGAGGACAAGACUGUCAUGGCCCUGGGCAUCCUCAGCACCAUCGACACCAUCCUCACUGUCAUGGAGGACCACACUGAGAUCACUCAGCAGCUGGAGGGCAUCUGUUUGCAGGUGAUCGGCCUGGUCUUGCAGAAGCCCAUCAUAGGUAUGGCAGAGUUCUAUGAGGAGAUCCUGUCGUUGGCGUUCGGCCUCACCUGUCAGACCAUCUCCCCUCAGAUGUGGCAGCUGCUCGGAGUCCUGUAUGAAGUCUUCCAGCAUGACUGCUUCGACUACUUCACAGAUAUGAUGCCCCUUUUGCACAACUAUGUUACCGUGGAUACAGACAUGCUCCUGUCCACCUCAAAGCACUUAGAGGUCAUCUACAGCAUGUGCAAGAAGGUGCUGACAAGUGAUGCAGGCGAAGAUGCAGAAUGUCACGCAGCCAAACUGUUGGAGGUCAUCAUUCUGCAGUGCAGAGGCAGAGGCAUCGACCAGUGCAUCCCUCUGUUUGUGGAGGCGGUGCUGGAGCGUUUAAUGCGUGGAGUGAAGUCCAGUGAACUGAGGACCAUGUGUCUGCAGGUGGCCAUCGCUGCUUUGUACUACAACCCAGGCCUGCUCUUUCACACUCUGGACAACAUGCACUUCCCACACAGCCCACAGCCCAUCACAGCCCACUUCAUCAACCAGUGGAUGAACGACACAGAGUUCUUCCUGGGACUCCACGAUCGUAAGAUGUGCAUCAUUGGCCUGAGUGUGCUGAUGGACCUGCCCAAUCGGCCGGCGGUGCUGGACGGAGUUGCCGCUCAGAUCAUCCCCUCCAUCCUCCUCCUCUUCCUCGGCCUCAAACACCUUUAUGCUUCCCGUCUCCUCAACAAACCAGACCUGCUGGCUCGGGCCGGGACCCAGGACGAAGACCAGAACGAGGAGAUCCCCAGUGACGAGGACGAGGUUAAUGAGAACCGGAACGCCAUGCAGCAGCAGUGCAGCAUGCCAACAGGACAGGGCGGUGAGGAUGAUGACGAGGAUGAAGAUGACUACUGGGAUGACGACGGCUUUGAGGGGACGCCGCUAGAGGAGUACAGCACGCCUCUAGACUACGACAACGGAGAAGACGAGUAUCAGUUCUUUACCGCCGCCCUGCUCAGGGUCCAGAAUACAGAUGCAGGCUGGUACCAGAGUUUGACGGCUCCGCUCAGCGACGACCAGAAGAAGCAGCUGCAGGAGAUCUACAGCAUCUCACAGCAGAGGAGGAGCACUGCUGCCAAGGGCCACUGAACACUGAGGGGACAGAUGGACUGCAGACUCAGAGGAGGAGGGCCGAAGAAGUUAGGAGCUGGUCUGACCUGAUCUGAAGUGGAUUUCAGUCCACAUCAGACCAUACCAAACUUACCGGAUCCCACUGAAACCAGGUCCCUGAGUGCCAUCAGAACUGGAUCGAGUAGCAGGGGGCUGGUGCACUGUACAGAACCACAGCCCCAACUGGAAUAUUCCCAUCACCAGGACAGGACCCCUGGCCUGUGUGUGCGCGUGUGUGUGUUUGUGUGUGCACGUGUGUUAGGGGUGUAACGGCGCACUUGUUUGGCCUUCGAUACAAUAUGGAGGUGUACCGAACAAAUACAUGUAGCCUACGUGAAGAACGCAAUCACUCGGGAAGCAGGGUGGACACAAGCAGACCCCAUGUGCAGGGUUUCCUCUAUAUACAUUCAGUGGCGGCGAAUUCUCAGCACCGCUGUAAAAAAAAACAAAACAUGACAACAAGAGUAUAACAGAGGCACAGAAGCUGGAUCGGACAUUCGAAGCAUGUUUAACUCAAGUUGGUAAAAUCAAGUGAACCUGCUCCUCUUCUCCUUCACUGUGCCUCUGCUGUGGUGUUACUGUGAGGUCACUUUCACAGCACCUCAGGGAAUGCUGUGAGGUGUUCAAAAACACUCGGUAAAUUACAGCGUUUGCCAUAAACGAACAUUGAACAUUCAAAAAUACAUAACGUGUGGGAUGCCUGUUAAUGCACAAAGGACUGAACAAUAUUUUGUAGAAAUGUCCCGUGUCCCACAUAUAGUUACGGAAUGCACCCCCCCCCCCCCCCCCCCAUACCCCUGACUUCACUGGUCUGCUUCACUGUACAGAAAAUGUAUCGAACCGAAGACCCCUGUACCGAACCAAAAUUUUUCUGUACCGUUACACCCCUAGUGUGUGUGUGUUGUGGACUCAGAGAAAGGUCUGCAUUAUAAAUAUAAAUGUCUUUGACCAGCAGAAUUUGUUUAGGUUCUUGUACAGUGCAGUCCUUCAGUCUGUGACUAAGUAACUACGUUUGUGAGUGUGUGAGUGAGUUUGAAAGGAACUGUAAAAAAAAAAAAAAAAAAUUGAAACACAUCAGAGUGUGUGUUUCUAUGUACUGUAAGUGCUUGUCUUCGUCUCUCUGUAGCCGAACACUUUUUAUCAUCUCAUGAAGAGAGAGAGGGGUCUACAAUGAGCAAAGAAGAGCCCCAUUUCUGUCAGGGUGCCUUGAAUAAAGACUAUGAAUGGACAAGAAAGCCACGGUCAGAGGUCAAACAGCGGUGACCUGUGGCUGUGACGUCACGCAUAUGAAAUGUAAAAUGGGAGAGGGGUCACAGGAGAAGCAGUUUUUGUCUUUCUGUUUGUCCUUGGGUUUUGUUUUUGUAACGGUUUUUCAGAACUAAUUUAAGAAAAUCAUAAAAGUUCAUGUAACAUUU